CACACAUUCUCUCUCAAGCAUCUCCGCCCCAGCGCUUUGUCUCGACCGUGCUGCAUGUCUGCAAAUCAUCAUACUUCAUCCCCUUUCAACGCCCUCACAUCUUCCACCGCACCACUCCCAAUCUCCUCCGCAAUCAAUACAACCGCAUGUACACUUUUUUUUUGUUUUCGUUUUGGAACUGGAUUCCCAUUGGCUUCUCUAUCUCACCUCUCCAUCCGGCCUCUCCAUUUGGCUUCUAUCUUGCAACACUCUUCUUUUUGCGCCUUUGGUGCUCUUUUGAUUGUUCGUCGAGUCAAUACCGAGCGAUGACCACGUUCCCACUUGCCCUCUCUGUUCAUGCUGUCAUGGAUCGAGUGUCCGGAAGUGGACCGCAACCUGGCUCUUUCUUAGUUUACCUUGGUUCGGUCGACUUGACUCCUGAGUGGCCCUCGCCGGUUUGGCGGAGACCCCAGUCACUCAUAGCUGGCCAUUCCAGCAUCACCCAUUGCGGUUGUCCCUCCAUCGAUCAGUGUGGAGGGACACAUGUUCCCAACCCCAGCACUGCGAUUGCCUUUUAUCCCACGUCGCCUCCUAUGUCCAUUGAAAUCCAUGGUGCGUCUUCCACUCGUCCAAGACCGCCACCUCCGGCUCAACAGAAACGAAAGAACUACCCAAUAUUUAUUUUUAGACUUUUAUUUUUUUGCUUAUGUGUUUGCUUGUGUGUUUGUUCAUGCAGAUUUGAGUUGGAUUGUGAUGUGUCUCUGCCCCAACUCUCGAGUGGGAGGCUCCGAUCCCAUGAUUCUCGGUGCCCCAUCUGUGUUCAUUUCGCUUUGUUUUCGUCCCCAUUUUCCGUUUGUUUUGUUCUGUUUUGUGUUUCCGAUUGUGUUCUCUCUAGCAUCUGUACAAUCUCGUUCUCCCCUGCCUUUGCACCCCAGUCGACUGGGGGGAGGGGAGACUCGGUUCUCCAUCUCUCGCUUCUGAUCGAAUAUGCUUCUCUCAUACAUCAAAAAUGAAAUGCCCAAGAACGCUUGGCGAAAUAAAAUGACCAAGUACAGCGAACACACACAUUAUUCAAAUGGAUGCAUCUCUCACACCCUCACAUCGCGACAUCAAUGCCGGCUGAUCGUCACCACAGGAGAUCGACCGAAUAU